AUGGACUGUUGUAUUGUACCUGAUUCAAUCUCAAACUCCUCUAAACUCACUCAUGUAGAGUUUGCUCGAAACAGACUCACUCGUCCAAUUUACAUAGUCUUUGGGAAUCUAAAAUUUCUUGAAUGUUUAGUGCUGUUUGAUAACAAUUUAACAAAUGAAUCUUUUUCGGUGGAGUUAAGCUUUGUCACUGUGUUAACAGAAUGCAGAUACCAGAGAGAAAUUUCAGUGGCUAAUAACCCAUUCACUGGUGUUCUUCCAGUUUCUAUAGGAAAUCUUUCUUCUUCUAUAGAAGAGAUUUAUGCAGGUGGCUGUAAAAUGAAGGGAAGAAUUCCAAAAACUGUUGGCAAUCUAAGCAAUGUGAGAGUGCUAGGUCUACAAGAGAAUCCCUUGUCUAGAUCAAUUCCAAGUACAAUCAAAGGGUUGCAAAUGCUUCAAGGAUUAUCUAUAGAAAGUAACAAUGUUAGUGGAACUAUCCCUGAUAGUUUGUGUAGCUUACAGUAUCUUUAUCUAGCUUCCAACAGAAUAACUUCUUAUGUGCCUGACAGUUUGUGGAGCCUCAAAGAUCUCUUGGGAUUUAUCCUGUCUUCGAAUUUCUUUACUGGCUCUCUACCUUCAGAGAUUGGACUAUUGAAGGUUGCAACAUGGAUAGAUUUGUCAAUGAAUCAAUUCUCAAAUAACAUUAUUAUUCCUAGCAGAAUUGGAGAUUUAGAAAACUUGAAUCAUCUUUCUUUGCCAUAUAACAACUUUGAAGCAAAAGGAAGGAUUUCGUAUUAUGAACUCCUACAAGCAACCAAUGGUUAUGAUGAAAGCAACUUACUAGGAAAUUUUGGAUCUGUUUACAAAGGGAUUCUAGCUAAUGGAAUUUGUGUGGCCAUAAAGGUGUUCAAUUUACAGUUGGAAUAUUCAUUCAAGAGUUUCACCAGAGAAUGUGAAGUCUUAUACAGUCUUAGGCACAGAAAUCUGACCAAAGUCGUUGGUGUAUGCUCUAAUGAUGACUUCAAGGGAUUAAUACAUGAUUACAUGCCCAGUGGGAGCCUUGACUUGAGAAAUGGUAAUGUCCUUCUAAAUGAAGAUAUGGUUGCCUGUGUGACUGGUUUUGGUGCUGCAAAAAUAUUGACUGGUGGGGAGAACACUGCAUACACCAAUGACUGA